GCCGGUUUGCCCUCUCGUUCGUCCUCAGUGCAGGAUAACGGAGAAAUAAUCCAGAUUUACCGCGUUUUAACAACAUUUACCAUCUAGCGACACCAUUUUCACCCCGGACACUCGAGCUGGAAGAAGAUUAGAAGGUUUUCUGCGAGGGAGAGACACUCAACGCUAGGACAAUCUGUUAUGGACGCUAUAAUCCGCUGCCCGUUCCUCUCCCGCGUCCCCCAGGCGUUCCUGCAGCAGGCCAGGAAGUCCUUGGUGAGCUACGCGGUGAAAUGCCCCGUCAUGAUGGACCUCGCCUCAAGGCCUCUGGUGCGAGCUGUCUGCUCCUCCUCCACCAGCUUCCAAAAGUCUCAGGACACCGUCAGCAGCACCGAGGAACCAAAAGAGGCACCAAAAAUGCCAUCCGCUCACCCAACGGUUCCAGCAGGUCAGACUUCCGCCUCCAAGUGCCCAUUCCUGGCUGCUGAGAUGGGCCCGAACAGCAGCGUGGUGAGGCAAGCCAGCCUGGAGCUGCAGGAGGACGUGUCCGAGGUCCGAACGGUCCGCAAAGAUGUGCCUGCCUCUGAGCUUCAGCCCCUGGUGAAUGAUGCUAAGACUGGUGGGAACCUGAUGAAGAAGCUCAUGAAGCAGCGUCCCACGUCUGUCUCUCACCUGCUGCAGGAGAACAUGCCCAAAACCAUCUCCAACUUCCGCUACGACCAGUUCUUCGAGAAGAAAAUCGAGGCGAAAAAGAACGAUCACACCUACCGCGUCUUCAAAACCGUGAACCGCCGUGCGACUGAGUUCCCAAUGGCGGAUGAUUAUUCGGAAUCUCUGAGCAGCAGGAGAGACGUGUCUGUGUGGUGCAGCAACGAUUACCUUGGCAUGAGUCGCCAUCCUCGUGUCGUCCAAUCUGUGAUGGAUACUUUACGAAGGCACGGCUCCGGCGCAGGGGGGACUCGAAAUAUAUCGGGGACGAGUAAAUUCCACGUGGCGCUGGAGCACGAGCUGGCGGAUCUACACGGGAAGGACGCAGCUCUACUCUUCACUUCCUGCUUCGUGGCGAACGAUUCUACGCUGUUUACACUGGCCAAGAUGCUGCCAGGAUGUGAGAUUUAUUCGGACGCUGGUAAUCACGCCUCAAUGAUCCAGGGCAUCAAGAACAGCGGCGCCAAGAAGUUCAUUUUCCGCCAUAACGACGUCCAGCACCUGCGUGAGCUUCUGGAGAAGUCUGACCCGUCCACGCCGAAGAUCGUGGCGUUUGAGACGGUGCACUCGAUGGACGGUGCCGUGUGCCCGCUGGAGGAGAUGUGUGACGUGGCUCAUGAGUUCGGGGCAAUCACGUUCGUGGACGAGGUUCACGCUGUGGGACUGUACGGUGCAAGAGGAGGUGGAAUCGGAGACCGGGACGGAGUCAUGCACAAGAUGGACAUCAUCUCUGGAACACUUGGAAAGGCGUUUGGUUGUGUUGGAGGCUACAUCGCCAGCACCAGCGCUCUGGUGGACACAGUUCGCUCGUACGCCGCCGGCUUCAUAUUCACUACGUCCCUCCCGCCCAUGCUGCUGUCCGGCGCCCGCGAGUCCAUCCAGGUCCUGAAGAGCGAGGAAGGCCGCAUGCUCCGCCGCAAACACCAGCGCAACGUCAAGCUGCUGCGCCAGAUGCUGAUGGACUCCGGUCUCCCUGUCGUCCACUGCCCCAGUCACAUCAUUCCGGUCAGGGUGUCGAAUGCGGAAAAGAACACAGAGAUCUGUGACAUCAUGAUGAGCCGCCACAACAUCUACGUCCAGGCCAUCAACUACCCCACCGUGGCUCGCGGGGAGGAGCUCCUGCGCAUCGCCCCGACGCCACACCACACCCCCCAGAUGAUGCAAUAUUUUGUUGAUAAGCUACUGCAGACCUGGAAGGAGGUGGGUCUUCCGCUGAAGCCGCACUCCUCGGCGGAGUGCAAUUUCUGCCAGCAGCCGCUGCACUUCGAGCUGAUGAGCGAGCGCGAGAAAUCCUACUUCAGCGGCCUCAGCCAUCCCAUAUCAGCCUGCGGCUAACCACGCCCCUUCACCCCGCACACAUUCCAACAAGCUGUCUGAGAUCAUGUUGGUCUUUUAUAAGUGUAACUUAUUCAGAUUCAUAUUCCAUGUAUCAGAUUCUAUAUGAAAUAAAUUGUGCAAAUUUAACGUUU